UGAAUAGCUGAUUCAAGUUGUUAUUACAAAUCCUGAUUUUUUCUUUACAUUUUGGCGCCAAGAGGAAAAUAGGAAGUAUUGUUAGAAUCAAACCAAAUAAUGGCUCUUUAAAAUAUGCGAUGGUUGUAUUAUCCACGCUUUCGUAAACUUUCUCGUUUACUUCAUAACAUGCCGAAAAGAAAAUCAACUGUUACUAAUCCACUUUCUUUCACAAGACCACCGGUUAUUUGUAAAAAUCCAGCUCCUCUCAGUUAUCGCUGGAUUGGUAUAGAUCGCUCAGAGAAGAUGGUCAAGUUGAGUAACAGCAUAGCUCAUAAAAUAGAGUUGGAGGACGACAAUAGUGAUAUGAGAGACGAGUUUACUAGAGUUUUAGAACUCACCGAAGAGGAAAGAAAAUGGCGCGACAAGGGAUAUGAGGUUAUUGUUGGAGUAGAUGAAGCGGGCAGAGGUCCUCUUGCAGGGCCCGUUGUUGCUGCUGCUUGUAUUCUACCUCCUGAUGUGCUAUUUGAGGGUUUAAAUGAUAGCAAAAAAUUAUCUCCAAGUCAACGAAAUAUACUGUACGAAAAUAUUCAGAAAUAUGCAAUAGAAUAUGCUAUUGGACAAGUUGACCAUCAUACGAUUGACCAAGUGAAUAUCUUUCAAGCCACAAUGAUGGCUGUACAAGAUGCAUUAAGACAAUUGAGAACCAAACCUGAUAUGGUGAUCGCAGAUGGUCCUCAUUGGAAACUAACUUUGGAUAUUCCUUUAGUUGGAGUGAUAAAAGGAGAUAAUACUAUAUUAUCUGUCUGUGCGGCAUCAAUCUUGGCAAAGGAAACGAGAGACCGUUGGAUGAUAAAGGCUAGUCUGGACUAUCCUGAAUACGGAUUUGAGAAACACAAAGGAUAUGGAACAGCAUUUCAUCUGAAAGCGAUUCAGACAUUUGGACCAUCAGCAUUGCAUCGUAUGUCCUUUCGACCUUUAUGUGAAAAUGAGCCCCAUUCGACCUCUAAAAGAAGAAGAAAGCCGUUGAAUACAAAAUAAUAAUGACUGCAGAAUCAUUCUUCACUACUCAUUAUGCACUCUUUUCUUCAGAUCCAUUUUUCAUCUAUAUUACGAUGAAAGUGUAACUUCAUUGCCCAAGAGCCCUCCAUAUCUGUGGAAACUGUCAAGUUAUUAUCUCUAAAAGCAGCCAUUCUUCUUCCUUUGGUAUCCGCUCCCAAUCCUACCUUCAAAGAUGGUUGUCCGCCUGGAAUAGUAUGGACAAAACCAAUGCGACCUAUUCUAUCUCUUUUCCAAUUUCUAAAGGAAAAUUGAUAUCUCACAGUUAGUUCCGUUCGUUCAUUUAAUAACCACGUCUUGUAUAUCGAUGAGGAAGCAAUCGUCUUUUGAAUAGGAACAAUUUCUCCUCGCAAGUCCAUCUUCCAAGGCCAACUAUUUCCGACUGUAAAAGAAUGCUCGAUGGCAGCUCUCGUCAAAAGCUCUGCAUCUCCGUGAUUGGCUGCAGUAGAAAGUAUCACUUUGGUCUUGUUACUUACUUGAAACUCCCUAUGUACGUGCAAAUCAAAACUUCCAUCUGUCGAAGUAAAAACAAGACUCGUGUCUAAACGAUUCUAUAGAAUCACUCAACAAAGUGAGGAUACAAUUACUUUGUACCACUUACUUUACUUGCAUGGACCAUGAAAGGUAAGAAAGAUUUCACGAUCUCAAACCACCACCACCACACCAACAGAAGAUGAAAUGA